CGAGUCCUCCGGGUCUCCACGCAACAAUGAAGCGUGGGCGGCCCCAGAGGCUUCAUUUGCAUACUGCCGCGGCUUGGCCAAUGGGCUGCGCAGGGGCUUUGGAACGCAGUGUUGCCAUCUGCGUGCGCGCGUGUGCGAGUGUGACAGCGGCUGUGGCUGUGGCCGUGGGAGGCGGGCCCGGCGGAGCACAGCCGCGCGGGGACCGGCCCCGGCGCCCGCUCCCCCAGCGCGUCGCGGCCGCGUGGCCCGGCCGAGCCCAGAGACCAUCCAGCCCCGGCCGGGCGCUGUCGCGAUGUCUGUGGCAGGGCUGAAGAAGCAGUUCCACAAAGCCAGCCAGCUAUUUAGUGAAAAAAUAAGUGGUGUUGAAGGAACGAAACUAGAUGACGAAUUUCUUGACAUGGAAAGGAAAAUAGAUAUUACCAAUAAAGCUGUUGCAGAAAUUCUUUCAAAAGCCACAGAAUAUCUUCAGCCAAAUCCAGCAUACAGAGCUAAGCUAGGAAUGCUGAACACUGUGUCGAAGAUCCGAGGACAGGUGAAAACCACUGGAUACCCACAGACAGAAGGCUUGCUGGGCGACUGCAUGCUCAAAUAUGGGAGGGAGCUCGGCGAAGGCUCCACCUUUGGCAAUGCACUGAUAGAAGUAGGUGAAUCCAUGAAGCUAAUGGCUGAGGUGAAAGACUCUCUUGAUAUUAAUGUAAAGCAAACUUUUAUUGAUCCACUUCAGUUACUACAAGACAAAGAUUUAAAAGAGAUUGGGCAUCACCUGAAAAAGCUGGAAGGCCGCCGCCUGGAUUACGAUUAUAAAAAGAAGCGAGUAGGUAAGAUACCAGAUGAAGAAGUCAGACAAGCAGUAGAAAAAUUUGAAGAGUCAAAGGAGUUGGCUGAAAGAAGCAUGUUUAAUUUUUUAGAAAAUGAUGUAGAACAAGUCAGCCAGUUGGCCGUGUUUAUAGAGGCAGCUUUAGACUAUCACAAACAAUCCACAGAGAUUCUGCAGGAGCUACAGAGCAAGCUACAGAUGCGGAUAUCGGCUGCGUCCAAUGUCCCCAAACGAGAAUACAAGCCACGGCCCAUAAAGAGGAGUCCUAGUGAGCUCAAUGGGGUGUCCACCCCCUCUUCAGCAAAGACAACAGGUUCUAACAUUCCCAUGGACCAGCCCUGCUGUCGUGGUCUCUAUGACUUUGAGCCAGAAAACCAAGGAGAACUAGGAUUUAAAGAAGGGGACGUCAUUACAUUAACCAAUCAAAUAGAUGAAAACUGGUAUGAAGGAAUGCUUCAUGGGGAAUCUGGAUUCUUCCCCAUUAAUUAUGUUGAAGUGAUUGUGCCUUUACCUCAGUAAAAGUGUAUCUCUAACUUUGGACAUUCUUUCAUAACUGCAGUGAAUUCACACCAGUGUCCUCUCAGUGUGGUGUUCUGUGGCAUUCUUGCUCUUUGACCAACUUAAUGACUUUUGUAUGUGUGUUCUCUUUAUAAUGUAUUUUGUAUCAAUUUAAUUGUAUAAAUGAUUUUCUUGUCUUAGCUACAUGAAAAUACCGUUCUCCCUUUUUGCUUAUUGUCCUAAGAGUCAUUGGUUAAAUAAAUGUAUGUGCUUCUUGUUGCUAAAAAUAAAUGGUACCCAUUGCAGUUUCGUCAGUGAAUCGCCCGUAUUCCUCAAGCUGAGGUGGAAUGCAACACUUGAAACUAAGAACUGCUAAAUAUUUUGUUUCCUGACAUUACUGAUGGCAUCCAGUCUUUUCUCUUCAUGGUGACCUGUGAAUAGCCCAAUAAAUAUGACACACUGUGUUGGCAAAA